AGGUUAACGUAGAACUCCGUUUAUCUCAGGCCAUAAAGCGUUGUGUGCAGCGGUACUAAAAGAAAAGGGAGAAAAAAUAAAUCCCGACGUUAGACAACCAAAAAAGAAACCCCUUCUCUCCGUCGUUUUCUUCGCCGUCUUUUCUACGUAACCUGAAAAGAUUAAAAGAUAAUAUAUAUAUCAACCAAAAAGUUUGUGUGUUGUGUUGUGUCCACCAUGAACGACCGUGCGGACUUCGCCGGCGACAACGCCGGCCACCAGCCCUUCAGCCCCAACAAGGACCUGAAGGACUUCCACAUGAAGUACCAGAGUCCCGUCGCCGCGAGCCCCUCCCAGCCCCUACCACCGCAGAUCGUGCAUCACGUUCAGCCAUCGGAUCAGCAGCAGCAGCCACUACGCAGCCGCUCACACACCCAACGGCGGGCCCGCGAGCUGCGCGAGAAGCGGGCGCACUUGAAGGAGCUGCAGGACUGGGAGUAUGAGGUGCUCACCACGCCGCGUCGCUGGGCCAACCCCGGUCCCAUCGGCCUCCUCGGCUUCGGCAUGGCGACGCUGCUGGCGAACCUAACGAACACCGGUCACUUCAAGCUGGACACGGUGGUGCUGGCCGUUGCGAUUUGUGUCGGUGGCGGUGCACAACUGAUUUGCGGUGUGCUCGAGCUGAUCCGCGGCAACACCUUCGGCGCGACUGCCUUUGGCUGCUUCGGCGCCUACUGGCUUACCCUCACCUCGCUCUGGAUGCUGCCGAACGAAAGCUUCAAACCGUGGAGCGACAUGAAACCGACAAGCGAGUACAUCAUCGGCACUUACCUGGUCCCGUGGGGAAUCUUCAACGUCUUCAUGGUCGUCUGCUCCCUGCGCAUGAACGUUAUCCUCUGCGUGCUGCUGCUCAGCACCACGCUGCUCUUCCUGUGGCAGGGCGGCGCGCACAUGACUGGAAAUGAGAGCGCGAUUCGCAUGUCAGGCUACGAGGGCGCCGUGAGCGGCUCCCUCGCACUGUACAUCUCCUUUGCCGAGCUGCUGAACGAGACGUGGGACCGCACCAUCCUGCCCACGAUUCCGUUUACGGAUGUGCUGGACUGGUUCGGCGCGGACUCCUCCAUUCUCGCGUCCGCCGACACGAAGACCGCGAAGCCGGCCGCGGAGACCCCGAAGAAGAAGAAGACAGCAAAGAAGGCGGCGCAGAACGACGAGCAGCUGGCUUGA